CUGUGCCAGGCCUAUUUUAUCUUUUCUGGUGAAAAAGGUUUUGGGUUCCCAGCAGGGAGUUGCAUCUAUAAGACCUAUAAGGAACAGCAAAUUUGAUAAGGCUUCUUAAACAGUCCUAUGAUUCUGUGGGAGGGGCACCAAUGUAAAAGGGGCUCCCUGAACCCCAAAAUUUACCUUGACCUGGGUAAUAGGCAUAUUUGCUGAGAGGAUAACCCAGUUAUCAUAAAACCAGUCCAACAUGGUUUUCAUGUGAAGCAUAUUAACUUCUUCACCUGGGGUGCUUAACUUGGUAUUUUAUAGGGAGAGUUGGGCAAUCACUGCUGAUAUGGUUUGGCUGUGUCCCCACCAAACUCUCAUUUUGAAUUGUAGCUCUCAUAAUUACCACGUGUUGUGGGAGGGACCUGGUGGGAGAUAAUUGAAUCAGGAGGGCAGUUUUCCCCCAUACUGUUCUCAUACUAGUGAAUAUGUCUCAUGAAAUCUGAUGGUUUUACAAGGGCAAACUACUUUCACUUGGUUCUCAUUCUCUCUCUUUCUUGCUGCAAUGUGCAACGUGACUUUUGCCUUCCCCCAUGAUUGUGAGACCUCCUUAGCCACAUGGAACUAAGUCAAGGACUCCAAUGUCUCACAAGAUGAAAGAAUCCCAAGUCUCAUUUGGAGGAAUGCUAUCACUACCUAGGAUUCCUGGAGCUAAAACAUUAUCCUCCUGUGUGGGCUGCUUUCCUAUCAAAGCACCUCAGACAUGCACGAGGAAGAAAUAUACACCUCUCUUCAGUGGGAUAGUCCAGCACCAAACACUUACCAGAAAUGUCUGUCUUCCAAAUGUUCAGGAGCAUGCUGUCUUGUGAUGGUGAUUUCAUGUAUUUUCUGCAUGGGAUUAUUAACAGCAUCCAUUUUCUUGGGCGUCAAGUUGUUGCAGGUGUCCACCAUUGCGAUGCAGCAGCAAGAAAAACUUAUCCAACAAGAGAGGGCACUGCUAAACUUUACAGAAUGGAAGAGAAGUCAUGCCCUUCAGAUGAAAUAUUGUCAAACCUUCAUGCAAAACUCUUUAAGUUCAGCCCAUAACAGCAGUCCUUGUCCAAACAAUUGGAUUCAGAACAGAGAAAGCUGUUACUAUGUCUCUGAAAUUUGGAGCAUUUGGCACACCAGUCAAGAGAAUUGUUUAAAGGAAGGUUCCACGCUGCUACAAAUAGAGAGCAAAGAAGAAAUGGAUUUUAUCACUGGCAGCUUGAGGAAGAUUAAAGGAAGCUAUGAUUACUGGGUGGGGUUGUCUCAGGAUGGACACAGCGGACGCUGGCUUUGGCAAGAUGGCUCCUCUCCUUCUCCUGGCCUGUUGCCAGUAGAGAGAUCCCAGUCAACUAACCAAGUCUGUGGAUACAUGAAAAACAAUUCCCUUCUUUCAUCUAACUGCAGCACUUGGAAGUAUUUUAUCUGUGAGAAGUAUGCGUUGAGAUCCACUGCCUGAAAGAAAUUGUGUUCAAAGUGUUCUAUUACACUGUUAUUUGGAACACGCCAUUGGAAAACCCACCCCCCCCCAAAAAACAGAACAGUAAACCAACAUGUGGGCAAUGAAAUUAGCAACCUGGGACUCAAUAAUACACUUGGGAAUAUUCUUCCACACCGUCCAGAUUUCAUUUGAUAUUGUUCACAGUGCAAGAGUAAAACUUAUUUAGAGCUACAGAGGACAAAACCCUGAAGAAUUAAGAACAAACACAUGGAAAUCAUUUUUAUUGUUUAAAGCCCAGAAUGACUAUAAAUUUCGCAGGAGGUACACAUCUAUGUUUUUGCGGGAGGUGAUGCAGUUACAGCUGACUAAUAUUUUUCAAAUAAAUAAAUUUGGCCUUUUAAACUCA